AUGGCCGGAUAUGGUAAUAUGGCCACCGGUGGUCGCAUAAGCUGGGUCUGUAUGAGGUAUCAAACUCUGAUUGGCAUCUCUGGUAAUAGGCACGUUCGCAUUCUCGAGACGAGGGACAGAAAUUACGGAAGAAGUGGGUGGGAAGUGUGUAAAAGUAUUGGCUUGAAGGUACGGGGCUACGGUCAGGGUAUUGUGGAUACCAUGGACACCAUGGAGGUCAUGAGACUGGAAUCUUCCGGUCUCGAAGGUGUAGAUGCUGAGUUCGCGGUUGAGCUGCAUUCCAGAGAGGACGAAGGCAAACAUCGUCUAAUGCUUGAGGCCGGGCCAAAGGACCCCGAUGAGACUCGAAAUGCAUGUUGCUCGUCCCGUGUCAAUAAAAUAGCGUCAGAAAAUGAAAAGAUCAUGAUAAGCAAGUAUUCAAAGCAGAAUUCAUAG